UUAAUACAUCAAGAACACAGUGAUAGUCCUGAUACAAACACAAAAAUGGCUUCUGCACUUGCUGGUAAAUACGAAUAUAAGUCUCACGAAAAAAUUGUGGAAUUUUACAAGUCAUGGAAUCUUCCCGACAAUUUAAUUGAAAAACUUACACCAAAACCUGGAACAAAAAGAGAAAUUAGCGUUGACGGUAAUAAAAUUACACUUGAUGGUGGACAACCAUUGAUUUUGGAUACUGAAGUUGAUGAAAAUAUCAAUAAUUAUCCUGUUAAGAGUACAGCCAAAAUGGAAGGUAACACAUUAAUAGUUCACAGCAAAAGUGUAAAACACGAGGGAGGUCUUCUUAUUCGAUCCUACAAUGUUAAUGAAAACUUAUUAACCAUUACUCUUACAACAAAUAAAGUUGGACUCGAAGCAAAAAUAUUUUUUACAAGAAUAUAAAAUUUUAAAUAUUAAAUAGUUGCAGUUACCUAUAAGAAUGUGUUUUUUAAAUUUAUUUAAUAAAAUUAUUUAAGCAUU